AUGGAGGAUCCCAAAUAUUUAAAUGUCUAUCACACCCACCGCCAGCCAGAACAAUUAAACCAUCAGCUUCAUAGACCUCAAGUCUACGCCCUCACACAUGUUGUGAAUAAUCGUGUGUUUUCUGCUACAACUGAGCUACAGGGUUCUCCGGUCACGUCAGGUUACUACGGUGUCAGAAGAUCUUUCUUAUCUGACUCAGACUUUCACAACAGUAAACAGUUUUCAAAUGACGUCUACGCCUCCAGCGUGGGGAAGCCGUUUCCCUGUGAGUCCUCCGCAGGGCAGAGCCACGCGGCCCACCUGGAGCCCUACUUCUCCCCGGAGCCCUACGGGGACUACCGGCCUCCCGCGCUGACGCCCAACGCGGGCUCCCUGUUCGGCGCCUCGCCCCUGCCUCCGCUCCUGCCGCCGCCCUUCCCCGGAGACCCCCCUCACUUCGUAUUUAGGGACUCAUGGGAGCAGACGGUGCCUGACAGUCUUAACCAGCCUGACCCUGUGUCCACCAAUGCCCUGCAGACCUUGCCACCCAGCACGAGUUGCCUCUCCCAGCUCGAGUCCGGGAGCACCGCCCAGCACAGGGGCUCCAGCUGGGGGACCUCCCUGGCUGGGGCUCAGUCCUAUUCGCUGCAUGCUCUGGAAGAUCUGCACCACACUCCGGGGUACCCCACCCCACCGCCUUACCCCAUCACCCCUUUCAUGACGGUUUCAAAUGACCUACCGCCCAAGGUGGGGCCACUCUCCCCAAAUGAGGAAGCAGACACCUGUUCCCUCCAUGACCCUUCCCCUUGGGCAAAAGAAGAUGGGAGCAUCACCUGGGGGUCAUAUGAAUGCCGCAGAGCUUAUUAAGGGGAGGGCCAAAGGACUUCUGGGUUUUUCUUUAACUUGAGGCGCGUUCCCAAGAUCGUUUUAGGUGUGUCAACUCAUUCAGGACUGGAUUUUCAGAAUAAGCCACAAUGCUGCCCUUUGUUAGUGGAUGAUGGCAUUUAUUUGCAAUCCUCUCCACCACAGCCCCACUGAAAUAAAACAGAAUGUUAAUUAAAUGUACCACAGACGGUAUUCUAGUAAGAUAACCUUACAAUGCGGUCUUUUGGGAACUGUUGUAACCCAUUACAUUCUGAAUCUUCUGUUAUCUUUGACAUAUCAUUUUUGACACUGAUUUUUUCUUAAAUUGCAUUAAAAAAUUUAUGCAGAUCA